AUGGACCGGAAAGCCCCACGAGUAAAUGGCACAUGGGCCCUCUCAAAAGAACAUGAUGCCAACUCUCCUGGACACAAGAGAGAGCGUCCACAAGAAAGGGAAUAUUUUGAGUAUAACACAGAUCUCCACACGAUGCUGAAAGACGUCGGAACCAGGUUUGACCUUGAACGACCUUUCCCCAUGAAAUCUCCUGCUGAGAGUCGAGACCCCAAGUUGCAUUGCCAGUUCCAUGAGGACAUAGGACAUGAAACAAAGAAUUGUAGAAGAUUGAAAAGGGCCCUAGACGGCCUGGCCUCCAUAGGACAUCUCAAGAACUAUUUACAGAAGAAUGCUCACGGCUUUGGAAAAAACCAAUACAAAAAGAACAAGUCACCUGUCUCACCUGCGGAGGGACAGCACAUCGAAGGGGGGUUUGUAGCCGUCAUAUCUGGAGGACCAGCCGUUGGAGGACCCACCUUGAGGGGGCAGAAAGAUUAUGCUCGCCGCCUGGGGCAAGUAAUGUUGUCAGCAAAGUCACCUUUGGAUCCAUUCCCACGGAUAGAGAUAUGUGAGUUGGAUGGUGGACGAAUAGCCACUCCGCAUGAUGAUCCUCUUGUGGUCGAAUUCAAGAUAUCCAAUAUGAGGGUAAAGCGUAUCCUAAUAGAUACGGGAAUCUCGUCCGAUAUAAUGUGCCUGGAAUACCUCAAUCGCCUAGCACAUGAUCCCAAAACCAUGGAUAGUAUACACUAUCCCAUCAUUGGUUUCGGAGGGAGCAUCAUACACCCUGUGGGCGUCAUCACUCUGCCGGUUCGAAUUGGGGACAGGAAAAAUGGACGGAAGAUGUACGUGAAUUUCCUAAUUGUUAAGGACUUAACAACAUACAAUCUCAUCCUGGGACGACCCACCUUGAACAAGAUUAAAGCCGUAGUCGUCACCCAUCUGAUGCUUUUGAAGUUUGUGUGCGAUGAUGGGGCGAUAGGCACCAUACAUGGAGACCAAGAACAAGCUAGAGACUGUUACCUCACCACCCUCAACUCUUCAGCAUGGAAGCAAGAUUCCGCCGAAGCCAGAGGCAAAAGAAAGCACGAAGACGAACUCCCAGCCGCCAAGGAGAGUAAACCAGCCAAAACAGAAACUGUUAAGAUAGAGGAAAGUGGCUGA